ACCCGAACAAAUGUUCUCGGUGUGCCACGCUGAGAGAAGAAGAGCCUUUACCUCGUCUAGGUGCUCAUCGUCCCCGACUCGUCGCGGAGGACAAUCUGGAGAAGCGAACACGGCGUCGAUCUGUGUGUUUGGUCGGUUGCUGUUGAGCUGCGCCGCUCGACAUAAAUCACAUUCAACAUGCUCCUCAACAAAGAGAGCGGGUCCGAGCUGCGGAUCUACGGCUGCACCAGAGCAGCUUCCGCGGCGCUGUCCCACUGCGCCUGCAUCGUCUUCACCGUGACCAUCGCUCUUCUGUCUCGGCCGGGGACAAGUUGGUUUUCCUGGCAUCCUUUCUUCAUGACACUGGGUUUCUCCUUCUUCAUGACAGAAGCCAUACUCCUUUUCUCCCCCCGCGGCUCUCCCUUAAAAACGCUUCCACACAAGACGAAAUCCCGCGCACACUGGAUCCUGCAGUGCCUCUGCGUGACCUGUGCCAUCCUGGGCCUGGCGGCCAUCGUUUACAACAAGCACCUCAGCGGCAAGCCCCACUUCACCUCGUGGCACGGCCUGCUGGGCGUGAUCGCCGUGUGCGCAGUGGCGCUGCAGUCUUUGGCGGCCGUGCCGCUGAUCUACCACUCCCUGGCGAAGGGCUGGUCCCUGGCCAAGCUCAAACGCUACCACGCCGCCACCGGGCUGGUCGCUUACCUGCUGGGCAGCGGCAGCCUGCUCCUCGGCCUCCGCUCGGCCUGGUUCACCGGGUCGGCGGGGGAGCACACCUGGUACCUGGCCGCGGCCUGCUGUGCCUUCAACGCCCUCGUCGUGAUGAACCAGGUCAGCAGCGCGUACACGGCCAAGAAGCGGCUGCAGUCGUGACCCGGAAGGAGACGGCGUACUCAGCGCAGCGUGGAUGCUGCACGCACGGUCGCUGGGAUUUGGUCUAUGAAUGAAUACUUCCAAAAUGAACGACAUCAGUCUUUGGUCUACUUGUAUUGUUACGGCACUUAACGUGCCGGCCUAAUUAAAAUGGUGAACAUCGUAAAUAUUCCUUGAAAGUAGUGAGCUGCUGGCGGACCAUGACAACAUUGCUCACCAUUUCUGCCUAAGAUGGAUAAAUUCAAUAAUUAAAAUAAAGCGGUAAUAUGCAGUGUGAAGGGGACCAUGAUAUUGGGGAGACAUACUUUGCAGAAAGUACUUUUAAAAUGGAUCCUUUUUACUUAAUAUUUCCUGUCGCUCUGUGUAUGUUGAAUUUAUUGUGAACCGUUCUAUCUCAGGAUCAUCACUCUGCUGUUUGAUUACUCAUGUAGUCGGUUUAAGAGAUGUUUAUUCCAAAAGUUUGUAAAUGAUUCACAAUGCAAUAGAAGAGUGUUUUAUUCUUAAAAUAACAUUGAUACCACAAGUCAUA